AUUUUGUAUCCUAAAAAAACAACUGCGCUGCAUAUGGACCCGGAGAUUAUUGGAAACGAUAUUCGCUGUCUAAAAUCAGCACGUACAAAACUCAUUGGAGAGCUGCUUGGAGACUUGCGACGCGAUCAAUGGAUCACUAUCUUGGCGUUAUCGUCGAAAGAAGAGUGGGUAACUAUUUACAGAGGACCGUCGAAACAACUAGACCUUACUUGGAUCGCCUCCUUGUCGCCAGCACCACUCUGUAGUCAGAUAUACCGAGUUGAGUACUGUAGCAUAAUCAGUUCUUCGCAUGCGCAACAGAGCCCUGCAGGGAAUGUUGUUGGCCCGCGUGAUAUUAUGUGGCUAAGUGACCCUGGUGAACCCAAUGUUUUGAGCACCGCCGCGCGGGAGGUAGUGCUUGGAUGGCCAAAAAUCGAAGGCUGUCGAAGGGAUCUCUAUGUUGGUGCGGCUUUCCAGGUCGAAGUAAGGGAGGGACCAGCUUGGCAGCCAGCUCGAGUGCAACAGCAAAAGCUAAGACUGACAAGUUCUGAAAGGUAUCAACAACGGAUAUUCGACGCACGGAGGACAAGCGGGAAUAACACGACGACGGCAUUCUUUCCUCUUAAGGCUGUUGACGGCGUGGGUGGCGUUCGAGUGAUAGACUUACGGCCCGCAACAUGGUACUACAUGCGCUUACGUGUGUCCUGUUGUGGAAAAUUCGCUGCAUUCGGUCCUCCCGUGCUAGUUUCCACCAGAUGUGGAAUUCCUGACAUGCCUACACCUAAGCCAAGGAUUAUCCAAGAGCAGACUUGUGCCAAUGGCAAGAAACAGAUGCCCAAUUAUGACCCCUUAGUUGCUCUACCUGCGACUGCGCGGAGUCUAUGUAGCCUCAUGAACUACACAAUGGAUGAAAGACCAACAUUAAAAGCUAGCGAUUGUCGUUUGCGCAUUUCCUGGUCACAGCCUUCAAAUAAUGGAUACCCUAUCCAGAGAUAUAUUCUACAGCAACGAGAUUUAGUCCUCAAUCAACCAUGUGCUUAUAAUGCGCCAAACAAAAACGCACUCGCACUCAAAACAGGACGCACUCACCAUGCUCUCCCACUGAACUCGGGGCUGUUGCAAAAAUGGACGCCGUGGCGUGUGGUGCAUGCAAGUAUGCUUCCAGAGUGUCUGAUUCGCGCACCAGCACUGUGCCCAGAAUCUGUCAUUUUGGCACGCCAGACUUUGGGCCUUGGCAAAUCCCAAAACUCCGACUCUGGCCGAAGCCCGGUCUUUACUGCUAUGGAGUUUCGUGUUGCCGCUGUAAAUGUACUUGGUACAUCAAAGUUUUCGCAGGUUUCGCGUAUCUCAGAUCGCGAAUAUCCGCACUUCUUUACUAACACAGCUCAGCGCAGCCACGGUCUUUUGCGAAACUCCAACCCCAAAAACGUUCCGUACCCGCGCAAAACGAAAAUGGCAGCCGAAGCUGAGUUGAAUGAGGUCAUCUUAGCACUAGGAUUUCCGGUUUCAGAUAUCGUCAUUCAACACGCCUACAAGUCCAUGUAUGAUGAAGCCCCACAAUAUUCUUGUCGUCAAUAGUUUUUUGGAUGAAGAGAGCUAGCACGCCAGCAGAAAUGGAAGAGACAAGACAAGGAAUAUGACUCGCUAAUUUCUUUUGAGCAUGACAAUACCAGUUUGGACAGCUCAAUACUUGGCAGUGUGCCAGAGAGGCGAAGGCAAAUCAUAAUUGAAGAGACUCCAUCCGCAUUCAUGGUCCUCACAGUACUAGACUCGCUGUGAACUUGGAAAUAUUAUUUAACCGAGGGCCGGGUCUGUAGCCAAGCUAUGAUGAGUGUGGAUGCCAGAAUCAGCGAUGUAGUCUACAGACUAGUACUGUCGUGUACGGACAGCGAUUGUAUAGCAAAAGACCUCUCCAGAUUGUCCGCAAGCAAAACCCGAGAAACCGGGGACGUUGCCAGUGUGUGCCCGAAUAAGAAUGGUAGGGCUUCUUGUAGAACUACCAUAGCAACUUAUCACUGGCAGAUAAGGCUGCGAUGAGCUCUACCUCAUACUGGACCUCGCUGUCAGAAUUGAGUCUUUGAGCUCCAUUAAUUGUACUAGGCAACUAUGUACGUAAAUAGCACAGCCAAUUACUGUACAAUAAAGGUGCAUCAGAGAAUGCUAGAUGGUCUGCGAGGGUGUUAGUCCUACAUAAUGG